AUAGCUGUUCAGCAUGGCCAUUCUUUUCUCAAGAUAUUAGAAAUCAAAGUUAUGAUAGAAGAUGUCAAUGAUAAUUACCCUAUAUUUCCAAACAAAGAAUUUCAUAUACAGUUUGAUGAAACUGCAUUAAAAGGAAGAAAAGAAACACUUCCAAAUGCCAUUGACAAAGAUGUCAGUAUUCAGAAUUCUAGACUUACUUAUCAACUCAAAGAGGAUGAAGAUAUUCCAUUCCAAUUGUUUGUAUCUAAGAAAUUGGAUGGAAGUGAUUUGUUACAAGUGCUUUUAGAUGGUAACUUGGACCGUGAAACACAAAACAUUUACAACAUCCAGUUAAUUGCAAUAGAUGGGGGUACUCCAACAAAGAAAGGGGUACUAAAUUUAGAAAUAUCAAUACAAGAUGAAAAUGAUAAUUCCCCAGUGUUCUCUCACAAUAUUUACAAUGUCACUGUAAAUGAUACACACAGGAUUAACGAAUCUAUUUUAAAACUGUCUGCGACAGAUUUGGAUGAAAGAGAAAAUGGAAGAAUUUCCUACAGCUUAAGUUCUAAAACACCAAGUAAUAUGAAAGAAUGCUUUCGACUGAAUAAGCAAACUGGAGAACUAUUUCUAACAACAGAGUUUCAGUUUGGAAAAUCCUAUAAAAUAUUUGUUAAAGCCACAGAUAAUGGUAAACCACCUAUGUCCUCAACUGUUACUGUUCUAAUAAAUGCAAUCAGUUACUUAAACAAUCCACCAAAUAUUGAUAUCAGAUUUGUUUUAAAGUCAACUGGCAACACUGCCAUCAUCUCAGAAGCAACUGAAAUUAACAGCUUUGUUGCUUAUGUCAAAGUUACCGACAAUGACAGUGGAGCAAAUGGACAAGUGAAGUGUCAUUUACAAAAUAGAUAUCUUCAGCUUAUCUCAAUGUCUGAAAAGAAAUACAAAGUUGUUGUCAAGAGUGAAAUAGAUAGAGAGAGUGAGAAGAGCUUUAAUUUCACCAUUAAAUGUCAAGAUAAUGGUUUACCUCCAUUGAAAGUAGAGAAACAGUUUUCUGUGCUGGUCACUGACAUAAAUGAUGUACAACCUCAGUUUAGUCAGGACAUAUUUAAGUUUCUCACCUAUGAAAAUGAACACAAAGACUUCCCUGUUGGAUAUGUCAAUGCCACAGACCCAGAUAUUGGAGAUGGAGGACAAUUAACCUAUUCUCUAUUAUCUAAUGGAAAAGAUAUCCUACCAUUUCAGAUAUCUGAUGUGGGAUUCAUUUCCACAACUGAGUCCCUAGACAGAGAAGAAAAGAACUUGUAUGAGUUUAAGGUUUUAGUAAAAGAUAAAGGAACACCAUCACUGGAGAAGAGAGCAAAUGUUGUUGUUGAGGUUAUGGAUUUAAAUGAUAAUGCUCCCUAUUUCAGUUUCCCUAAUGUUGACCCUUUCAGUCUUAAUGUCCACUACCAUCCCCACUCUGACCAUGAUAUCACAGUUGUUAGGGCCUCUGACAGAGACAGCCAACACAAUGCCUUCCUCACAUAUGAAAUACUCAGAGGUAAUGAGAAACACUUAUUUCAAAUGAACCAUCACUCUGGUGUCUUAUCUUUCUCUCGCUCACUUUACCAAAAUGAUGCUGGAUUCUAUGAACUGGAAUUAGGUGUGAAAGACAGUGGCAGUCCAGUUCUGUCAUCGACAACAACUUUGUCUUUGACUCUAACAGUUAGUAACAACACAUCAAAGAUAUUUAAGACCCCUUCAAAGACAACAACAGAAUCAAGUAAUGGUCUCCAAUUGAAUGUGAUGAUUGUUAUUGUUGUAGCAGCUGUGAUCGUAUCAGUUGUCAUAGUGAUCUCUAUAUCAAUCUGUAUAGUUCAUAGACUGAAGCAGACAGACAACAACUAUAACAACAGUGUUGAUAUGUACCACAAGGUUACACCUGCAUUAAACAUCCAACCGAAAUAUAUAUUUGAUCCUACCUGUGUUCCUCCUGGUGUUCAGUACACAAUGGAGAGAAAUCUGAAGAAACCCCAACAACCAAUGGUAGACAGAGAAGAUAUUCACUGCAGAACUAUAUCGUAUGAUAGCUGGGGUAACCCAUCUUUCACUGAACUGCAUCAACAGAUAUUUGUUCCAAGAGAAGAAAGUAUGUCUCCAGGUUACAGAGAACUAAACAGUUCUGACCAAUUCAGUGAGAUGUCAACAUUGUCAUCUCGCACUGAUAGGGGUCAUGGAUGGAGUGUCGGCAGUGCUGGUCACUAUGAGGAACUGCCAGAUCUAUGUCGUUAUCAAAGUGAUUAUACAUGGAAUAGAAGAAACCACCCUCAACACACUCUCGACAGAUCAAGGGGAGAUAACAACAACGGAUAUCCCUACCAACCAAAUGUUGACAAGAGCCCUUCUUAUCAUCUCGACCAAAUAACUUUCACUACAGCUGGGACCACAUCUAAUACAACUGAACAAUCACCUACGGUGCCAAUGACAAGUGCCUUUAUUUCAAACUGUAAACCGCUUCUACCAGCUGUACCUAAAGUAACAACAUUACCAAAGGUACCUUCAAUACCUCAAGUACCACCUCUAUCAGCACCACAGAACUAAUGCUGCACUAUUUAGAAACCAAUGACAGGUAGCAGCAGAACUAGAACAAGGACUGCCUAAAAUCCUGACCGUAUCUUAUAUUUGUGUACUAAUUUCAAAUCAUAUUCUACCACAGAUGACUUUGCCAAUUAUUUGCCAGUCUUCUUUAGCAGCUUACAUAAUUUUACUUCCUCUUACUAGAGACAAUACCAAAAACAAUUUUAUCUUAUAUAAAAGUAGAGCUUGUCUAUUAC